UCUCUUGAGAUUGGAAGUGCCUAAGGACCGCUAGGAUGUCCUAUAAUAGAAAUAAGCAUCCAUCCUGUUAAAGCUGUCUCCCCUCCUCUUAUCGAUAGGUUCGUCUGGUUUAUAGCGCUUGCUCCGCUAGUAAGUCGCCAGUCAAACCCUAUCUCAACAUGUCGUGGCAGGGUCAUGAAGGCCCCAAGGUGAAGCUGCGGUCGGCAUGCGACCGGUGCUCUGCGAACAAGGUCAAAUGCACUCAGGAGAAGCCCGAAUGCGAGCGUUGUCGUCUUCUGAGCUUGCCUUGCAACUAUAGCCGUUCGAUGCGGAUAGGGAAACCACCCAAAUCCCGACAGCGUGGAUUGUCCAAUAUUGACCCGAAGACUCUCAUGGGCGGGACUGUUACCAAAAAGCUCAGGCCGUGUCCGAGCGCGCCAGAGUCAGCGUGUAGAGGUUCAUUCGAAGAUGGAGAUGGGGGCCCGUGGACAGAAACUAUGACAUUCGAGGAGAUGUUAUCCCGUCCCUCCCCACCUCCCUUUGCUGGACCGUCACACAAUUCAAACCGUCCUACGAACAUGGCUUCUACGAACCAAGAUCAGUACUAUCACGACAAAGGGAAACAUGGCGAAACAAUGGAUGAGAUGCUGCAGACGCUGGUCCCAGACUCAGUGCAGUUCAUAGAGUUCCCCAACACAGCCCGGGAAGACCAGAAACAACAUCCAGAACUCAGGUCGGAAGAAGAGUAUAGUGAUUAUAGAUCCAAGUCUCUCUUCGAGGAAGGCUUGGCACGCAUCGCACCUGAUUGUGCUGGGGGUAUUAUGGACGUCUUAUAUGGCGAAGAGGCCUUAGUGCAGAUGCCCAAUCUGCCCUCGAGUACGCAUGAAGGAAGCUCAAAUACCCAUGUUACUUCAUCCCACAACUGUACGAGAGCCGUGAUGGAGAAUCUAGCCAAGCUAUACCAAGUAUGCGCACCUGCUGGAGUAGAGAAUGGUUCCCACCCCACAACCGACCAAGUACUCAAAGCAAACAGCGACGCCAUGAAGGACGCUGCGGAUCUUUUGGCGUGCCCGUGUGCCAAGGACUUCUGCUUUCCCAUCAUACUUGGCAUCACAGCAUGCAGAGUUCUGGCCUGGUAUCAGGUCGUGAUCGACAUGUAUGACCCGGAGAUUCCCAUGGCCACGAUGCCAACGGCACGCGAGGACAUCAAGCACUGUCCGAUUGCAUUUGGAGCGUAUCAGCUGGAUGAGGAGGUGAGCCAAGCAAUGACCAGUCAAUUCGUUCUACGAAACCUCCGUGCAAUGACUCGAUUUGUCAAGACCUAUGUGGAGAACUUCUGCUCUGAUAUCAAUAAGAACCGGCCAGGAAGCUGUAGCCUCAUCUACCGCUCCCUGGGCACUUUUAUGCAGACGCGGCUUGGAAAUACCAUUGAGCAACUGGAGGAUCGGUUGGCUGCAUUUGAUGGCGAGUAUACAAAGAACAUCGGAUAGCUUCGGGCACCGAAACAAUAU